AUUUAUUGCUGAAGAAAUGGCUUCAACAAACAAUAAAUACGAAUUCACGAGCAAACCAACUUGGAUCAUUGAUCCUAUAGAUGGAACCACAAACUUUGUUCAUGGAUUCCCAUUUGUUGCAGUAUCAAUUGGUUUAACAAUCAACAAAGAGCCUGUUGUUGGUGUUGUGUUUAACCCAUUUCUUAAUGAACUUUACACUGCAAGUAAAGGUCAAGGAGCUUAUCUUAAUCUCAACACAAAAUUACCUUUAACUUAUUCAUAUCCACCAUUACCAUUACCCUCAAGUUUGUCUCAAUGUUUAGUGGCUACUGAAUACGGGAGUGAUCGAUUACCAAUAACUAUUGGUAAAAAAACUCAAUCUGUAUAUAAUUUAUUGACAAAACCAGAUGAUGCUACUUUGAAUUCUAAAAAAGGUGGAUUGGUUCGAAGUAUUAGAAGUCUUGGGUGUGCAUCACUUAAUAUUUGCACAGUUGCUAAAGGACAUUUUGAUGUUUAUUGGGAAAUUGGAUGUUGGGAAUGGGAUGUGGCAGCUAGUAUUGUGAUCCUUCAAGAAGCUGGUGGUAUUAUGGUGAAUGGACAAGGUCCAGAUGAAGGUCCAGUUAAUAUACUUGGGCGUAAAUUUUUAGCAAUUAGAGGCGGUUUACCUUGUUCGAGCGAUGAAAAUUCAAGACAAAGUCAAAUACGUCUUGUUAGAGAAAUGUGGGGUUUAGUUGAAGAAAUUGAUUGUCCAAGAUAUUGA